AUUUGAAAGUUGUAGAUAGUAAGUAUUUAAAUUGGAAGUGCGAACGAUGUUUGAAAAUUAUGAAUUGAGAAAAAUCAGAUAUUGACAACGUUAGAUUUAUAUAGAACCAACCCAUUGAUACCCUCCAUUGAUAAACAAAUGUUUGAGGCUGUGUAUAUAUCAGAUAGCAAUGAUACAUUGGUAUAUGAGUACUUGAUAAACCUAUCGUCCCCCAGUUUCAAAUCAUUGAUUAAUAUCAUCAGGACAAAGAAGAAGGAUUCAGAAUCUUCAUCAACAAAAUCAAAAUCAAAAUCAAAUGAUGCCAACUUAUCGUUCAUUGAAGUGAAUGAAGAUUACUUCGUGUCAUUUGAAAGGACUUCGAGUCUUAUAAUAUAUGUGUUAUGUUCAUCAUCAACAUCCCUCAAUCCUAUUAUCCCAUAUACCUUUAUUCAACGAUUAAUUGAAGUAAUGAGUGAUUAUUUUGGUACUCCAUUGGCUUUAACUAAGAUUGAUGCUAAUAACGAUACGUUGACAUUAUUAAUUAAUGAAAUGAUUGAUAAUAGAAUGCCAAAUGUAACUGAUUUUAAUAAAUUACGAGAUUUAAUAUCAUUUAAAAGUUUAUUAUCAAAGAUUCUAAGUACAGGUAAUGAUUUAGCAGCAGCCACUAAUAAAUCGUUAAGUUCAUUAGGAAAUUCACAGAAAUCAUCAUCAUUUGAACCUCCAGCUUCCUUUAAUAACAACAAUAAUAAUGAAAGUUCAUUGAAUAGUAUACCUUGGAGAAGAUCAAAUGUAAGAUAUACUAAUAAUGAAAUGUAUGUGGAUGUGAUUGAAAGGAUUAACGUAAUUUUAAAACCCACUGCUAAAUUAGUGGGACAAGGUACUAAUACUCAAUCUUUACUUUCCAGUAAUUCAGCUACUCAUUUCGAUUCAGCAUUCUAUUCCACUUCAUCAUUAAAAUCUCUGGCCACUCAAUUGAUUCCAAUUGUGGGUAGUAUUAGUGGGAAAAUCAAUUUCGUAUCUCAUUUAACGGGGAUUCCACUUUUACAAUUAGUCUUAUCUACAGCAGGAUUGAAUUUAAAAGUUCCUAGUUUUCAUGAAUGUAUUAAAUUAGAUAAAUGGUUAGGUAAUCCUGGAACUCUUUCAUUUAUUCCACCCGAUGGGAAAUCAACUAUUAUGAAGUAUGAAAUUGAUUUAGAAUCUUUCAGUGAUGUUAAAUCUAAAUUGAGUAUGUUAGGACUUAUAGAAGUUGAUUUUCAAUCAGGAUUAGGACCUAAUAAAAAUGAAUUUGAAAUCAAAUUAUUCAUAAAGGAUUCUAAAUCAGUUUCAAAAAUUGAACAUCUUGUCAUUGAUAUAGUUUGUCAAGAUAAUGAAUCUCCCGAAGCAAAUGAUGAUGAAAGUAAUGAUGGUAUUGGAAGAGAUGAUUAUAUUGUGAACAUCAAGACUAAUAGAGUUACUCAUGGAGAUUUUUCAUAUAAAAGUAAAGGAAAAGCAGAAUGGAAUUUACGUACUCUUUCAAAAGGUAUUCAACCUUUCCUUCGUGGAUCUAUAAUAACACAUUCAAUUGAUAAAUCAAUAGAAGCUUUUGAAGAAUCAUCACAUAAAGAUUUACAGCCUGAUCUCAUAGAUGUUGAUACCAACACUCCCUUAAAAUCGAUAAAGCCACUUUAUUUAAAAAUGUCUUAUUCACAUAAGGGAAGUCUUCCAAGUGGGAUAAAAGUUGAUAGUUUAAAAAUAGUUAGUGCAAAGGGUUUGGGAGAUACAGUUAAACCUUAUAAAGGGGUGAAAUAUACUACCAAGACAGGAGAUUUCAUAAUUCGUUCAUAGAGUUUACAUAGGUUUCAAUAAUAUCAAUAAAAAGUACAUUAUAAUGUGAU